AUGGCAGCGUUCUUACAGGCAGCCCAAGCAGAAGGCAUUUGCAUCGAAUAUUCGGAGGCCUUUUACAGAACAAAUCCCAGGGAGAAAAUUCUGAAAGUUGUGGAUGUCAUAAAGAAAUCCACUGCAAAGGUUAUUGUAGCAUUCAUAGCAACUGGUGACAUGGUUGUUCUGCUUAGAGAAUUAUCCACUCAGGAUAUUCCUGUCUUUCAAUGGAUAGGUAGUGAAUCCUGGAUCAUAGAUCCAGGGUUUCUCCAGUACAGCCUGUUGAGUGGAUCGAUAGGAUUUGGCAUCCCAAAAUCUGUUAUUCCAGGGUUGAAAGAGUUCCUGGUGAAGAUCAGUCCAGGUGAGGUCACCAGCAGCCCCCUGCUGACAGAGUUUUGGGAGAGUGCUUUCAGCUGUAUCUUUUCAGCUAACAACACCUCUUCAAGCAAGAAAGUGUGCACAGGGUCAGAGAACUUACGAGAACUGCAAAACGCCUACACAGAUACGUCUCAGCUGAGGGUACUGCAGCAGCUUAAAACUGUGAAUUUUACAACCAACAAUGGGGACAGAGUUUACUUUGAUGCAAAUGGAGACCCAGCAGCCACCUAUGAGUUGGUAAACUGGCAGGUGAAUGAAGAAGGAAAAGCUCAGUUUGUGACAGUCGGCCACUAUGAUGCAUCAGCACCUGAGGGACAGACCUUUACAAUGAACGACAGAACUAUCAUCUGGGCAGGAGGGAAAAGCAAGUUUCUUUAUAGUUUAGAUCUCAGAGAGCUUCGAUUUGCUCGGGCAAUGAUCUUUGCCAUCGAGGAGAUAAACAACAGUUCAGAGAUCCUUCCCGGAGUCACACUGGGCUACAGGAUCUAUGAUUCUUGUGCAGCUAUACCAGUGGCUCUGAAAGCUGCCCUUGAUUUGAUGAACGGGCAGGAGGCAGUUUUUUCCACCAACACCUCUUGCACCAAACCAGCCUUUGUCCCAGCCAUAGUGGCGGAGUCUGGAUCUACACCUACAAUAGCCAUUUCCAGAGUUGUUGGGCCCUUCAGCAUUCCAGUGGUGAGUUAUUUUGCUACAUGUGCUUGUCUGAGCAACAAACACGAUUUCCCAACGUUUUUCAGAACGAUCCCCAGCGAUUAUUUCCAGGCAACAGCCCUGGCACAGCUUGUCAAACACUUCGGAUGGACUUGGAUUGGCGCAGUAAGAAGUGAUAACGAUUACGGAAACUUCGGGAUGGCAGCGUUCUUACAAGCAGCCCAAGCAGAAGGCAUUUGUAUCGAAUAUUCGGAAGCCUUUUACAGAACAAAUCCCAGGGAGAAAAUUCUGAAAGUUGUGGAUGUCAUAAAGAAAUCCACUGCAAAGGUUAUUGUUGCAUUCCUUGCAACAGGUGACAUGCUUGUUCUGCUUCAGGAAUUAUCCACUCAGGAUAUUCCUGCCUUGCAGUGGGUAGGCAGUGAAACUUGGCUCACUGAUCCAGAGGUCCUGCAUUACAACCUGUUGAGUGGAUCGAUAGGAUUUGGCAUCCCAAAAUCCGUUAUUCCAGGGUUGAAAGAGUUCCUGGUGAAGAUCAGUCCAGCUGAGAUCGCCAGCAGCCCCCUGCUGACAGAGUUUUGGGAGAGUGCUUUCAGCUGUAGCUUCUCAGCUAACAACACCUCUUCAAGCAAGAAAGUGUGCACAGGGUCAGAGAAUUUACGAGAACUGCAAAACCCCUACACAGAUGCGUCUCAGUUAAGAAUUACUUAUAAAGUGUACAAAGCAGUCUAUGCUAUCGCUCAUUCGAUUCAUAAUCAGAUAUGCAAGAAUUCUCCAUCUUCUCUUUUGCAGUGUGAGAAAAACAUAAAGCUUGAGCCAUGGCAGGUACUGCAGCAGCUUAAAACUGUGAAUUUCACAACCAAGAGUGGGGACAGAGUUUACUUUGAUGCAAAUGGAGACCCAGCAGCCACCUAUGAGCUGGUAAACUGGCAGGUGAAUGAAGAAGGAAAAGCCCAGUUACUGACAGUCGGCCACUAUGAUGCAUCAGCACCUGAGGGACAGACCUUUACAAUGAACGACAGAACUAUCAUCUGGGCAGGAGGGAAAAGCAAGAUCCCUAAAUCAGUGUGCAGUGAGAGCUGCGCUCCAGGCACUCGGAAGGCUGUUCAGAAGGGAAGGCCUGCCUGCUGCUUUGACUGUGUACCGUGUGCUGAAGGAGAGAUCAGCAACACUACAGAUUCCACGGAUUGCAUGACUUGUCCACUACAGUACUGGCCAAACGCUCAAAAGGACAAGUCUGACUGGUCCUGUAUGUUGCGCCACACAGCAUUUGGGAUCACAUUUGUCCUGUGCAUCUCUUGUGUUCUGGGGAAAACAAUAGUGGUGUUAAUGGCCUUUAAGGCUACACUGCCAGGCAAUAACAUUAUGAAAUGGUUUGGCCCCACACAGCAGCGCUUAAGUGUUCUGGGUUUCACACUAGUACAGGUAUUGAUAUGUAUUCUUUGGUUGAUAAUAUCACCUCCUUUUCCAAACAUGAACAUGAAAUAUUAUGCAGAGAGAAUCAUUCUGGAGUGUGACCUGGGAUCUGCAGGUGCAUUCUGGGCUGUGUUAGGGUAUAUAGGAUUCCUCUCUGCCAUGUGCUUUGUGCUCGCUUUCCUGGCUCGGAAUCUACCUGAUAACUUCAAUGAAGCCAAAUUCAUUACGUUCAGCAUGCUCAUAUUCUGUGCUGUCUGGAUCACCUUUAUCCCAGCUUAUAUCAGCUCUCCCGGAAAAUUUACAGUAGCUGUGGAAAUAUUUGCUAUUUUAGCUUCAAGUUUUGGUUUGAUAAUCUGUAUUUUUGUUCCGAAAUGCUAUAUUAUAUUACUGCAGCCUGAAAAGAAUACAAAAAAACACAUGAUAGGUAAAGUGCCCUCUAAAUCUCUUUGA